AUGGCUGUGCCUCCCAUUGAAGCGAAGAAGCCAGAAGCUCGACAAGGUGAGAUUGUCAAGCGUGGAGAGCUGGCAUUGGUGCGCAAGGGCCACAAUGGCACUACUGGCGAUAGAGGAAAAAAGCAAGAGAUUGUUCGUCGAGAUAGUCAUCACGGCCGUCACCAUGAUCAUCAUCAUCAUGGUCGUGAUCAUCAUCGUCGCGAGGUUCCUGAUCCUCAAUCUCCACGUGUUGGUAUUCAUCCGGGACACAUCAUCCUUCUAGCUAGACGAGUCCGUGAAGUCCGUCUAAUCCCAUUCGUGCGAGUUGCUGGAUCGCGUCGUAUCGAGAGACGUCAAGGUCGAGAUGAACAUGAAGAUGAAGGUCGUGAUCGACGUGGUCCGCGAGAAGAAGAGCAUCGACGACGUGGCUGA